AAUUCAACCCUGAUAAUAACUUAAUAUUAUAAGUCUAUCAUAAAGGAUUGUAGAGCAUUGAUUUAAACAUCUAGGACAGAAAUGGGCUACCAAUCUUCAUGAUAUGCAAACAGACUGGUUCUGCCGGCAACCAGCAGCUUUUUGGCAUAUAUAUACAGAACUGAAUUUGUGAGGCCUGACAAUGAAAUAUGAAACUCUUUUCCAUGAUGAAUCUUUACUUAUUACAAGUAAAUGAGAGAGUUUCUUGCAUUAGAUAAGUGAAUUAUGGAGCAUCUCCAUAAGAUGUAUCCUGGAAUCAUGCCUGAUGAUUCUUUGUCAAAGAUGAAGGGAUCAACUAUAGAAAAGAGACUGGCAUACUUCUGCAAGGCUUUGAUAUCUGUUAGAGAUUCAUGGACACAGAGUCGCCAGUGGAUGAACAAACUCAUAUAUGAUGAAAAUCUUAAUGUGGAAAACACUAAGAGUGUGGAGCAAUUUGUGUUUGCAACACUUGAUUGCAUGAUUAAGGCAGCAAGAGAAUUGUUCGGUAUGCUGGAUGAGGAAGAUUUGAAGAAAGAUCAUUCUCUGAAUGAUUCAGCUUCAUGUCCAUUAGAGUUGAAUGGUGGUUGUAUCAAACAUGGUGCUCAAAAUCCCAGCCUCUUCAAUCAGAAGAAUGGGAAGGUUGAAGAAUUAAAACCAGAUUAUAAAGAAAUGCAGAGCAUUUCUGAAGUAACACCUGCAGCAACGUCUAACAAAGUAGGAUGUUCCCAAAAUACAACCGAAAAGACAAAGCCCCAUAUAUCUAAAAUGAAUGAACCAUCUAGUGAGGAAGGACAAGGUGCAGAAAGCAGUGAACCUGGCAACCAAACUGCACCCUUAGUGCCCUUGAUGAUGCCUUCGAAAGGAUCAGUGCAGUCAGUACCACCUCCCAUGAUGCCUACAAAACGAUCAACAUUGCCUCCACCAAAAACCAUGCCACCGCAGAAGCAGCCUGGGCCCCCGCCACCUCCUCCACUUGGUGCUACAAAAUUCCUUCAUCGAAAGGCAGCUAUGACUAAGUUGAAGAGAUCCACCAAGAUGAGUAAUCUGUUUCAGAAUCUCAAAAGAAGUGUUGAAGGGUCUAGUAAAGAUGCUAAUUCGACUAAUGGACGAAAAGUUCCUAUUGGGACUAGGCAACAAACUGAAGGCUCCACAGGUUGGAAAGAAGGACUGGGUGCUUCAUUAGCAGAGUUGAAGAAGAGAUCACCUUACUUUCAUCAAGUAGAAGAAGAUGUUCGUAAGAACCAAAAGUCAAUCAUAGAGCUGAAGAUAGCUAUUAACUCUUUCCAAGCCAAAGACAUGGUUAAGCUGCUGAAGUUUCAAACAAGUGUAGAAUCUUUUCUUGAAGGCUUAACAGAUGAAACCCAGGUGCUAGCAAAGUUCGAAGAUUUCCCUGCAAAGAAGCUGGAAGCAUUGAGGACAGCUGCAGCGUUGUACUCAAAACUAGAUACAAUAGAAUGUAACUUGAAGAGAUUGGAAAUAGUGGCACCCUUGAACAAGCUGUUCGUAAAGGUUGAGGGUUAUUUCAAUAAGUUCAAAAAAGAAUUGGAUGCAAUUGAGCGGACCAAGGAUGAGGAAUCCACGAAAUUUAAGCGCUAUGAUAUCCAUUUUGACUUCAACAUCCUUACACGGAUCAAGGAAUUGAUGGUGGAUAUUUCCUCAAGCUGCUUGGAGCUAGUACUUAAGGAGACGAAAGAAGCCAAGGCAGCAAAGGAUAAUGGAGAAACUCUGUCCAAAACAGCAACACAAAAAAAGGAAAAUGCCAAAAUGCUUUGGAGGGCUUUUCAAUUGGCAUACAGGGUCUAUAUAUUUGCUGGUGGACAGGAUGAUCGAGCUAACAAACUCGCUGAAGAAGUGGCUCAUGAGAUCACAGCUGAUUCUCAGCAACGAUGAUCUUUUUCUUUGAUAAAGUUGCUGAAGUUUUUCACUUUAACAAGGGAAAUACUAGCGAAACCAAAUGUAUCUGACCACACUGGUACGUAUACUAAAAAAGGCACUCGUUUAAUUGACUAAUACACUCAUUAAAAAGGUACAUAUUUUGAAGUAUUAAUGUAAAAACUAUUAAAAAAUGUAGAUCAUUAAUUCAAGUUUGAUGUACACUUUUUAUUUUCUAACAAAAGAUAGUAGGGAUUUUUUUUCUAA